AGAUACCGUCAAAUAUUGGAAAAAGCCAUUCAGCUGUCAGGUGCAGAACAACUUGAAGCUUUGAAAGCUUUUGUAGAAGCAAUGGUGAAUGAAAAUGUCAGUCUAGUGAUCUCACGUCAGCUACUGACAGAUUUCUGUACCCAUCUUCCAAGUCUUCCUGACAGCACAGCCAAAGAAAUUUACCAUUUCACCUUGGAAAAGAUACAGCCUAGAGUUAUUUCAUUCGAGGAGCAGGUUGCUUCCAUAAGGCAACAUCUUGCAUCAAUCUAUGAGAAAGAAGAGGACUGGAGAAAUGCAGCCCAAGUAUUGGUCGGGAUCCCUUUGGAAACAGGGCAGAAACAAUACAAUGUAGAUUAUAAACUGGAGACCUACCUGAAAAUUGCCAGGCUGUACCUGGAGGAUGAUGACCCAGUUCAAGCAGAAGCUUAUAUUAAUCGAGCUUCCCUGCUUCAGAAUGAAUCAACUAAUGAACAGCUGCAGAUCCAUUAUAAGGUUUGCUAUGCUCGAGUUCUUGAUUACAGAAGAAAGUUCAUUGAGGCUGCUCAAAGGUACAACGAGCUCUCCUAUAAGAGCAUAGUCCAUGAAACUGAGCGACUGGAGGCACUGAAGCAUGCUUUGCAUUGUACUAUUUUGGCAUCAGCAGGACAACAGCGUUCUCGCAUGCUUGCUACACUCUUCAAGGAUGAGAGAUGCCAGCAGCUUGCAGCCUAUGGGAUCUUGGAGAAAAUGUAUCUGGACAGAAUUAUUCGUGGAAAUCAACUGCAGGAGUUUGCAGCUAUGCUAAUGCCUCACCAGAAAGCAACUACAGCUGAUGGUUCCAGUAUUCUGGACAGAGCUGUUAUUGAACACAACUUACUAUCUGCAAGCAAACUUUACAACAACAUUACUUUUGAAGAGCUUGGAGCAUUGCUAGAGAUCCCUGCAGCUAAGGCAGAAAAGAUAGCUUCUCAGAUGAUAACUGAGGGUCGCAUGAACGGAUUCAUUGAUCAGAUCGACGGAAUUGUUCAUUUUGAGACUCGUGAAGCUUUGCCAACUUGGGACAAGCAGAUUCAGUCACUGUGUUUCCAGGUGAACAACCUGCUGGAGAAGAUAAGUCAGACAGCCCCAGAAUGGACAGCGCAGGCAAUGGAGGCCCAGAUGGCUCAGUGACUGUGCAGCCAUUGUCUGAAUGGAGGCAAUCAACUGCCUGCUGUGCUGGAGGAAGGGAACUGAGUCAGACUGUGAACCAAAC